AUGGCCCCUGAUCCUCUGCGACUCGAUGACUUCCUGUUUCGCAUUUUCUAUGAAAAAGGCUACAAUACCUGGUCAGAUUUACUAAAGCAGGCGACUGAGGAUCCCGACAUUCCUUCAGAUGAUCCACGGGUCGAGCAUCUCUUCCCUCAUCACCCUUACUUUCCUGUCGGUGUUGAGCUAGAUAGUACUGGGUUGCUAACAGCCACAUCAACGUGGGUCCCUGGGAGAGGAUCCUGCGAUUUGCCGCCCUUCGAUCAGCCUUUUCAAAUUUCGCCCCGUGUUGCUACGCCGACCAGAUUGCUUACCUCGACCAAGUUGCCUCUCCCAGCAUCUACCUGGUUCAAGCAAAGUGACAAUCAUCUCGCAGUCCUCGUUCUCGCAUGGGCGUAUGUUUUAUCCGCGCGAUGGUCCGAGAUCUUCUCUCAAGCAUUGCCACUGGAGUACACUGACAGCCAGGCUGAGUGGUUAGACGCGCCACCCUGCGACAAUACAGAAGCAGUGGUAGAUGUUGGAAACGUCAGCCACGACGCUGCACGGUGGUGGGCAGCUGUGCUUUCGCCUGGCCAAGGCUGGAAGGCUUCUAUGGUGUGUGGACGCUAUAAAUUCAUGUCUCCUUGGUCAUCGACACUGGAAUCACUUCCUACCAUCCGAUUAUUCAGCGCCUCGAGGAGUGGAACGCCAAGUCACCAACGCUGCCCCCAUUUUGAGACGGCAGUUCAAUAUAUUUCGGAUUACUGUGCACUCCAUUCCCUUCAUGAUCAAAACCGUGUUGCUAUUGCGACUGCCCUCAUGCUCCCGUUAGCCAACCAUGACAGGAUAAGUGUCAUACUUCCGGUACCGCGAAUGCGUAUUGCACCUUCGCCAAUCAGUUCAAGCCCGGAAUCGACACACGAACCAAUCUAUGGGCGGGAUAUCCGGCAGUUCGAUAGACUACUCACCCUUUCCUGCAACCCUCUUGGAGUAAAGUCCAUCCUUGGCAGUAUAUUCUACGAGUCUAGCAUUCUAUGCAAUACCUGUGGGCCAUGGUUGCAAGGCGCUGCCACUUUCCUCCAGUCAGGGUUGAUACCAGACCUAGAUGUUCUGAGUCGGAUGUUUUCUCUUCGAAGCCCCCAUCUGAGCUUUCUGUGGCUUGGUGCCAUCAUUGCUGGCUUGCACAAAGGUUUUUUGAGUGGCCCAGGAGGACUUCUCGGACUCAACAGGAUCGAUAUUCAUGAAGCUGCUUGGACUGGUACCCUUAUAUCCUUCAUUCAGGAUCAUGUUCCUCGACAACCAGAAGAUACUACUUCAAUCUCACGCAGGAAUGAGUUCACCCUGGCUUUCCUUACCCAGGGGGUAGCCAGAUAUAGAUACCCACCAAUCUUUCCAUAUGCGCCCCUUGGCUCAACGGCUGUUGGAGAGCUAGACCUCGAUAUUCGUCUUCACAUGGCAUGCCCCGGUGGACAUGCACUGAAGUUCUCCAAGAUCACCUGGCCCUGUGCGGGAGGAAAGAAGGAAGUCUACGAAGCAGCCACCUUGACCACAAUUACUCGCCCUUCAUCAAAGCCAAGUCAAGCUGUAGCUCCUAGGCUGGCGGACUAUAGCGGAUUGGACCCAGACAGAGAUAUUUCAGAGCGAGUUACGCGAAACAUAUUCACUUGGAUGCGAGAGAUGGAUGGCUUUCCAGUCAGCGAACGGAAGAUAUAUAAGCAUGAAUGGCUGGAUGAUGGGGACUCUGGUGAUCACGACAGAAACUGUGCUGAAGGAGACGGUGGUUCUACAAUGGGUUGUGACUUGAAUGUAACGGUUGGCGGCUGGAUCUCUGGUGUUAUGACCGCUCGCUGCAACUCUCUGUAG